GUUAGAGCAGCCCUACCUGAAUGCCAACGUGUCCUUCUUUGAGGCUCUGUCCUGCUGCUCUCGUCUGCAACGUCUCUGCCUUAUCUCCCGCAACGGCACCUUAGACCCAGCGGCCUCAGAAACCUUCAUGGAGCGAUGCUGCCAAGUCAUCAUGUGCCACAUGUUUAUGGGCGGCACCUUGGUGGCUUGUCGCACACUGCAGAAAACUCUGCUGGACAGAUUUUUAGAGGAGCGUCCGGCCCUGAGCGUGGUCAUCUAUCCAUUACAACACGAAGACCUGCCCACAGUCAUCCGAGACAUCCCGCUAACACUGCUGGAUAGGAUCACUCUGUUCCAGAGCCACGUGGCCCAGCCACCACAUUUAUCACCGAUGUGACAUCAGCAGCUCAAGGUGCGCAGACCGCUUUUAUUCUGCAGGGAAUAAAUACCACAAAAUAACAGACUGACUGUCAUCUGCAAAGUGAUUUCCGAAUGUGUGAUUUGUUACAUCAACAACUGUGUCAGGCUACGCUACAACAACACAUCAACCAUGAUUGUUUACAUUUUUAUGACUGAAUAAUGGUGGUCCUCAGAGGGUAAUCAGCUGGAGGUUUUUAGUUCAAUAUUGCAGGACAUUUCACACGAGGCGACGUUUGGCCCUAAAUUGUGGCUUCUCAGUCAAAAAUACUGUCUGUUACCACUUUGCUAUUUUAAAAAAAUAAGUGCCAAAAAUAUAAAUUAAUGUAUUUGUUCAGAUACUUUGUACUGAGGAUCUGAAUCAAAUGAUGUUUAAUAAACUCCAUAUAAAUUAUUUUUAAUUCUUGUCUGGGUACUAUUUGUCUGUUCUGGUCAUUGUUUUAAAUUAUGGAUGUAACGGGUACACACCGGUAAUCUACUGUGGGUGUUGUUACACAAACCUCACAGCUGUGUGGUUUUAGGAACUAUACUUAUUUGCUUUUUUGCCAAGACAAGAUUGAUAUCACUCUCACAUUUGUUAGUUGUAAGGCUACAGCAGCAGGGAAUUAGCUUAUCUUAGCAAUGGCUUGGCCAAGAAACAGUCCAGCAUCAAA